AUGUGGAAUUGGGAGGAACUUAUGGAUUUUACAUUUGUGAAACAAACCAUAAAUCUAUUACAACAAUAUUAUGAUGAUCCUACAUCAAAAACAGAACUUGGAAAAGAACGUGUAAAUCUAAUUGACUUUAAAAGUAGAAAUGAAAAAUUAUUACAUUUUGGAAGUUUAUAUGCUCUUGCCCAACUUUCUGAAAUCAAAAUUUUUGAAGCCAGUUAA